AUGCAUGAAGUCAAACCUUCCCUUCCAGUAACAGUGCGUACAAAUCUACCGCAAUCAAUAUUUCAUGCAGCACCAUCAUAUGUAUACACUGGUGAUGAUAAUCGUUCAUGGUAUCCAGGUGGUGGUAAGCCACCCUUACCGCCAUCGAUAUCAGAGAGUGUUAUCACUGGUCCACCAAAGUUAUUAGAUGAAAAUAGAUCAGAUUAUUUGAUUGAGAAUGCACCAACUUGUCCUGAUAAUAACCUAUGCCUGAGUAUAAAUCAAGUUGCACCAGAACCAACUGGAUUUCCAUCAAUUCAUAAACCUGAAGAAACAGACUGUUGUUGAGGGAUAAAAUCAACCAAAACAAAGUUACAUAACGUUUUCUAGCUAUCUAUAAAAAGUUGCAUAUAAUUUUAAGGCUUCAUUUUAUUUUGCUUUAAUUUUGUUUCCGAUUGUGAUGUGCAUGUACGCAGAUUCACAGCGUGCGCUCGGAUACGCGCAUACGUUCGUGUAAUUUUUAGGAAAACAAAUGAUACAUAACAUCUUUGUUUUAUUUAUCGCAAAAGAAGAGGAUAAAUUUAUGAAUAAUUCAAGAAAAUACCGUCAAUUUUCAUCAUUUUGGGAUUAUAAAAGUCUUUCUAAAAACUUUCAAAAAAAUGGACCUUAUAAUGCGAAAAAACAAAUCCAGUUCAUUUAAGAUUUAGAAAUAAAUAGAAAUACUAAAC